UGCCAAGGCGGUAGGGCAGAUUUUUGAACCGCAGUGGCGCACAGUGACAUAACAACUCGGUGUUUGCACGGCUGAGCACAGAAAAGUUACCACCCAUUAAAAUCCGCCACUGACAAGGAAAAGAAGACCUGGAGCGAUGCGUAAAAUCUGAUGUAAGCCACAACUCCUGUGAGUUUAAAGGAUAUUUCGAACAUGGCCUGAACUUUUUUUUCCCUCUCUCCAGAGUUUGCGGAGCAGCAGCAGAGCUCGGAGCAUGCAGCUCACAGAAACUAACUCGGGUUGAUUCCCAGUCUGGACUUUAGUUUUCCUCUCAGGCCGGGGGUCCGGGGAGGAGAUGAGUGCUCAGGAUGGGACUGUGCCUCGGUACCGAAGUUACAGAGGAGGAGAAGAAGGCGAGGAUCCACAGUGCCAAGAUAGACAGAGACCUGUACGAGUACGCCAAGCGGGAGAUGAAUGUGGUUAAAAUCCUCCUACUAGGUGCAGCGGAGAGUGGUAAAAGCACUUUGGUCAAACAGAUGAAGAUCAUCCACAGUAAUGGAUUCACCAAACAAGAGCUCAUCAGCUUCAAGCCUGCGGUGCUGGAUAACCUCCUGACCUCCAUGAAGUUUGUCCUCCACGGCAUGGGCGUCCUCCGAAUCAACCUGGCUAACAGCAGGAACAAGGUCCACGCCCAUUCUGUCCUGUCGUGUGGGCGGUGUUUUGACGAAGAUCAGGUGCUGUUUCCUUUCCUAAGCCACGCCCUGUCCUGUCUGCUGGCUGACCAGGGGGUGAGGGCGGCGGCGGCCCGGGGAUACGAAUACGAGCUCAAUGACUCGGCACUGUACUUCUUUGAGAACAUGACCCGCAUCACGUCUCCAGAUUACGUGCCUACAGAGACAGACGUUCUGCGAGUACGACUGAGGACGACGGGCGUGAUAGAGACCCAGUUCAAAGUCAGCCAUCUCAUUUUCAGGAUGUACGACGUUGGAGGCCAGAGAACUGAACGGAGGAAGUGGAUUGCUUGUUUCGAGGACGUCAGGGCGGUGCUGUUUGUGGUGUCUCUCAGCGGUUAUGACAUGACUCUGGUUGAAGAUCCCUCCGUGAAUCGUCUUCAGGAGAGCAUGAAGCUCUUCUCCUCCAUCUGCAACAACAUUUUCUUCCGCAGCACAUCCAUGAUUUUAUUCAUGAACAAGAUAGACCUUUUUCAAGACAAGAUUUUACACUCUGGGAGACAUCUGCGGUUAUACAUGCCUCAGUAUAAAGGUGCAGACUGCGAUGUGGACUCGUCUGCCCGCUUCAUCGCCGCCAACUUUGUCUCACUCAACACCACUCCUAGCAAACUCAUCUACCACCACUUCACCACGGCGACCGACACCUCCAACAUCCAGGUCGUCUUCCAGGUGGUCAUGGACACAAUAAUCAAAGAGAACCUUGAGGCUGUGUCACUCCUUUAACUGCCGGAGGGGAUCUGAGUCUUCACCGGACGGUCGCUGCUGUCAACCUUUGGAUGAGUCAUUUUAAAAGACAUGAAGACUGCCUGCUCUCCGAAGGUGCAGCCUGGGAGCUCCGCUGUUGUUUGCAUCCUCUGUGAUGCUUGAUUUCAUGUAGAAAAACUCUGUCAAACAUCAGUAAAGGAGAAGGACCACCAUGCUGAUCCUUUGUCUCGGGGUUGAGCCCUAAAACAUUGACUUUUGAAACCCUGUGUUGAGAGUAGUGGGCAUUUAUAUUUUUGUACUGUACUAUAAAUCAGACUAUGAAUGGUGGGGUUGCCUUUUUUAGGACUUGAAUAGACACACCAUUUAUUUGCCCAUCUCUUCCGCUGUGUGUGUGUGUGUGUGUGUGUGUGUGUGUGUGGGCAGGACACAGAGGGAGUGAGGAUUUACUGUUUGUCCGUUACUUCCUCUGUGCAGGGGUUCACUCAUGCAUACCACGGUGUGUUCUCUCCUCUCAUCCAUCACCCCGUCUGUGCACAUCCUGUGUGCGUCACACCCUCCUAAUGAGGCGGUGAUCACUGUAAAAGCACCUCUGUUGUGUUUACUCGUCCUGAGCUGAAAUCACUCCUGUUCACUGUAAUCUGUGCUUGAACUCGUUCCCCUGACUCUCACCAGUCAGCGAUGAUGCUACUUCAUAUUAGAAAAAAGAAUAUAUGUGGAGAAACAUCCCUGAAGCCUCCAACUUGUGUUUAAUUUCCUUCCUUCCGCCUCUGAUGAUUAUUGUUUUAUUCUGUGACACACGCACAUAAACUCAUAAACCCUGAUUUGUCAAGCAGGAUGAUGCUUCCUAUAUGUGAUGUGUGUGGCAUUAACUCCGCUGGGGUCUCUGAAGGCUCCCCUGAGCAAGUGAUGAUGCGAUCACACCGGCUCCUCUCUGACUCCAGUAAUAAACAAGAUCUGGUAAUGACUGAUAGGCUCUGAUAUGCAUACUGAAGGUGAAAGAAAAGAGAAAAACACCCCCAAGUGCCUUAUGAUGAAGUGGUUUUGCUGUCAAGUAAUUUAAAAGCCUCCUACAGUACGUGUAUGAAAUGUCAAUUUUCCCUUCAUGUUUUUUAUCCCCCAACUUUCAGGGUGUAUUUCAUACUGUAUCUUUACUCUGUAAGUCUCAUAGCUGAUGUCCUCACACUUAUUUUAUGGUUUGUACUGUGUGUUCUAAACCUGCAAUACAAAAUAAAUGUGAUAGGCUGAUGACUGUA